AUGGCCGCAGCACCAGAGGUCGCAGCACAGGCGGCUCCUCCUCCAUCAGAGCCUCAGGUUAGGGCUGUUGAUGCGCAGGAGAAGCUUGCCGAGGACGUGUCGGCCCUCACAGUCACUGGCAAUGAGGCCCUUCCACCGCACCGUUCCCACGACCCCCAGUACAACCAGAAGCGGACCGACCCUUUCCAGUUUGGGUCUCGCUUCCUCGAGGAGGGCGAUGACCCCUUCGAGUUCAACGCCUGGGACCACGUGGAGACUGACGACGCGUUCAAGGAGUUCGCCGAGCAGCAGUACGAGCUGCAGCGUCAGUCUCCCGUCUCUGACUUUGACAAGAAACGCUUCAACUCAGACCCUGCCAAGUGGUGGAACUUGUUCUACAAGAACAACACCGCCAACUUCUUUAAGAACCGCAAGUGGUUGCAGCAGGAGUUCCCCGUGCUUGACAAGGUAACCCAGGACGGUGCCGGCCCCGUCACGCUCCUAGAGAUAGGAGCUGGCGCCGGCAACACAGCGUUCCCAAUCCUGGCGCAGAACAAGAACCCUCAGCUCAAGGUCAACGCCUGUGACUUCUCCAAGAAGGCCGUCGAGGUCAUGCGCUCCCACGAGGGCUAUGACACCGGGCACAUGCAGGCUGACGUGUGGGACGUCGCCUCGGACGAGCUCCCUCCCGGGCUGGAGGAGGGAUCGGUAGACGUCGCACUUCUCGUCUUCAUCUUCUCUGCAUUGUCCCCGUUGCAGUGGAAGAAGGCGGUCGAGAACGUGCACCGGCUGCUCAAGCCAGGCGGCGAGGUCUGCUUCCGUGACUAUGGAAGAGGAGACCUUGCACAGGUCCGGUUCAAGAAGGGCCGCUACCUCGAGGAGAACUUCUACAUCCGUGGCGACGGGACCCGCGUAUACUUCUUCGAGAAGGACGAGCUGGCUUCCAUAUGGACCGGCGAGAAGUUCAGUUCCGAAGAGGAGAAUAAGGAGGACGCGGAGAAGAAGCCGCUUUUCGAGGUGGAAGGCCUUGGCUUUGACCGUCGCAUGCUCGUCAACCGUGCCCGCCGUCUAAAGAUGUAUAGAUGCUGGCUGCAGGGUAGAUUCAUCAAGAAAUAG